AUAAUCGAACAUGAACACAUUUACUAGCUUUCGUUUAAAAUGUGCAUAUCCAACCAUAAUAAAAAUAGAACCUUUUUACAUUGCCACUAUUUAAAUCCAAUGACAUUAUAGCCUUUCCAUAUCAAAAUAACAUAGCCCUCAAUAUAGAUUGAUUCAGUUAUUUAAGAUAAUGGCGGACACGAGGCGGUCUGCCGCUGCACAGUUUUUCACGGAGGAGGGAGAUCCUGAUGCGGGACCUUCUGUUGGUUCCGUUUAUGAUAAAGUUGUUGAUUUAUUGAAUCAAGCAUCUUUGAUGUCUAAAGAUGCACAAAAAGUUGGCAAUUUGAAGCAGGUACAAGAGUUGAUUAUUCACAAAGAUUCUAAUCUGCUGGACAACUUCUUUGAUGAAAUGAUAGCAUUUCAAAGUGAUAGAUCUGUAGAUGUAAGGAAGUAUGUAGUAGGAUUUAUGGAAGAAGCUUGUAAGAAAGAUCCAGAACUAUUAACAAAAAUAAUGCCAUGUCUGCAACAUUUGUUGAAUGAUGAAAAUGUCAAUGUACAGAAGAGAGUCAUCCUCACUCUGUCCAGUAUCUAUAAAACACUAAUCAUGUGGUUAGCAAAAAGUAAACAUCCGACCCCGGAGAUGACCCAGGUGUGGGAUAUCAUGGCCAUGAUGAAGAAAUCACUAUAUGAUAUGCUGGAUUCUGAAAAUGAUGGUAUAAGAACACAUGCGGUGAAGUUUUCUGAAGGGAUCAUUUUGACAUUAUCUAGGAAAACCUCAGAUUCCGAGGUACCAAAGAUCCGCGGAGAAAAUGUAACCUUAGAUAGUAUACCUGAAUCAAGUAAAUAUCUGAAAGUUCAUAAACUAGAAGAGGAAGGAAAGAAAAUGUUUGAUGCUCUACUUCAGUUCCAGGCUUCACCACACAUUUCUAGUAUAAAUUUGAUGACUGUUAUGAGCAGUUUAUGUAAUAUUGCCAAACAGAGACCAGCUUUCUUUGGUAGAGUUGUACAGGCAUUUGAAACAUUACAUGUGAAUCUUCCACCAACAUUGGCUAAGUCACAAGUAAGCAGUGUUCGUAAGAAUCUCAAGAUGCAGAUGUUGUCUCUGCUCAAACACAAGUGUGCUGUAGAUUAUCUACCUAAUAUAACAACACUACUUACUGAUCUUGGGGCCACUCAAUCUGAGGUAUUAAAAGUUAUGCCAAAAAUAGAUGAGUCCAAGAAAAGGAAGAGACAAGAAGCUGAAUCUUCAACGAAGAAAAUAAGAAUAGAAAGGGAUGAUGAUGAUGAUGAUGAUAUAGGAAUGACACCAUGGACUGAUCGUGCCACUGACCAGAAACUAGCUAAUGUAAAUUUGAGACAGACUGCUAUAGAUAUAACAGCAGAUGAUUUGGCUCCGAGACUUAAUGCUAACAACGUGGCAGAUCUAGUCCUUAUAAGCAUGGUAAUGUUACCAGACACGAUGCCUGCCCACUUCCAGGCUACCUAUACCCCUAUAGCAGCUGCUGGUACAGAUGGUCAGGUCAGUCACAUGGCCAGGCUACUAGCUACACAGCUCACUAUGGCUGGCAUGGGAAAAGGUGUGGCAGAAGUACAAAGAGAGGCUGCUGAGAAGAAAACCUCACCAUUUGAUGGCAGUGAGACACCAGCAUUCCAGGGAACGUCCCCAAAACAACUCAUUUCUACCGUUGUUGGUGGUCAAAGUGCAACAUCUAAGCUAGAUAUUAUUAACAAAGCCAUGUUACCACCACCACCUUUGUUUCCUUCCAAGCGUGUUGUAAAACAUUUUAAGUUAUCAGCUGUGACUAGACCAUUAGAAGAGAAUGAGUCCGAGGAGUUAUCUUUGAUGGCACUGGAUAGAGUUUUAGCUUCUGAAAAGAAAGCAACAAUGGGGAAUGCAUUGCAUGCUCGCACCAAAAUUUUAUCAUGUCUUGUUACCCAGUUUGGAGGCGAGUUUAAAGACAUUAUACAGAACUACAUUUUCUCAGAUUUACGUAACAGAAUAGAACUAGCAUUUGCAUGGUUAUAUCAGGAAUAUGCUAACUGUAUGAACUUUAUGUCAACAUCAGUGGAGGGUAACAAACAUAACAUGUCCAGUUAUGAUGAAUGUCUCACUAGAAUAUUAAACAGUCUUAUAGAGGUUGUUGAUCAGAAGGAGAUGUUAUUUCACCGAGUUUUACUUGAAGCCCCAGCUGUAACAGAUAAUGCCCUAUAUAUUCUUAGAAGAUUUUGUGUUGAUGAUACACGUGUAGAAUCAGGUUUAGAAACAUUGAAAAAAUUGAUAAUGACACGACCAGCCCAUAGGUUACGAUUCCUGGAUGUUUUACUGGAGUUCACAUCUAGUGAUCACACAGAGCUGCGAAAUCAGGCCAUAACAUAUACCAAGAAUUUGUAUGAAACACAACAGGCACAUCAUGCUAUUGAGUAUUAUGCUGUUCAGAUGUUGAAAUAUUUAUUGUUACCAAAACCAUCUCCAGAAUUAUAUGCUAAACUGAGGGGAAGGCAAGAAGCCCCAGAGACAUGGAAUGAUGAUGCCAUAAAGAUGUCUUUAUACUUGUACCUAGGUCUACUUCCAUGUAACCAUAAACUGAUUCAUGAGUUAGCAACAGUUUAUACUUCCACAAAUGCAGAUAUCAAAAGAACAAUAUUAAGAAUGUUAGAAGCUCCUGUGAAGGGUAUGGGAAUGGAUUCUCCAGAGUUGUUGUUGUUUGUGGAGAACUGUCCUAAAGGAGCAGAAACACUAGUCACCAGGGUUAUACAUAUACUUACUGAUAAAGCUGCCCCAUCUCCGGAGCUUGUUGAACGUGUUCGUGACCUGUACCAUAAACGUGUACCUGAUGUACGCUUCCUCAUACCUGUACUGAUUGGACUUAACAAGGAUGAAGUGGUUGCAGCGUUACCUAAACUGAUCAAAUUAAAUCCUGUGGUUGUAAAAGAAGUCUUCAAUAGAUUACUGGGAGGACAUGGAGAUGUGGCCUACCAAUCACCUUUGACUCCUGCAGAACUACUUAUAGCCCUGCAUAAUUUAGAUGAUAAAGUUGACAUGAAAACAACUAUAAAAGCAACCAAUCUAUGUUUUGGAGAGAAGAAGAUCUACACUCAGGAAGUCCUGGCUCUGGUCAUGCAGAAUCUAAUGGAAAGAUCACCACUCCCUACAUUAUUCAUGAGAACUGUUUUACAAGCAUUGUCCAUGUACCCAAGGUUGCUUGGAUUGGUUCUCAAUAUAUUACAAAGGUUGAUUUUAAAGCAGGUAUGGAAACAGAAGAAGGUAUGGGAAGGAUUUGUAAGAUGUUGUCAGAGAACAAAACCACAGUCAUUUCAGGUAUUGUUACAGUUACCAGCAGACCAGCUGAAAGAUGUGUUCCAGAUAUGUCAAGAGUUACAGGAACCUCUACUCAACCAUGUCAACAAACUCACUGAUACACAGAGAUCUCACCUUUCCCCAGCUAUCAUACAGGUGUUAGAGACUGACCCUAUGAUAGAGAAACGUGAGGCUGAGGCCAGGGCUGCUCAGGAAGCGAAGGAGGAGAGAUUGAGGAAAGAGGCAGAGGAAAUGAUGAGGAUCAGAAGGGAAGCUGAGGCGAGGGCAGCGCAAAAAGACCGGGAAAUUGCUGAUAAAUCUGAAAAUGAUAGGAGAAAAGACAAAAGAAGAGAUGAAAGAGCACGUUCAAGAGAACGAUCAAGGAGUAGAGAAAGGGAGAGACCUUCUAAGGAAAACAGGGUACCAGCUAAAACAGAUGUUGUAGAUCCGAGUGAGCCAGUAUUUAUAAAACAUGGAGGUGCUGGGGAUCCGUCAGAACCGCCACGUGACAGAAGAGAAAGUAGAGGCGAAAGACGUGAAUCUCGAGAUACCAGGAUGGCCGCUUUGAAUCCGGAGCCAGGGGAUUCUGUUGAUCUCUCAGAUUUACCUCCUGUACCAAGGAGGAGAAACACUGAUAUAUUAAGGAACCCAUCACCUCAGUUACGUAACCCAUCACCUGGACACAGAAACCCUUCACCGCAUGGUGAAGCCAUGGAUGUAGAUAUAACGGCAGUGAAAUCAGAGCCAGAGGAUAAAGGAUAUGAGGAUGAAAUGUCUACCACCAAGGUUGAGAAGAGUAAAAGUGACCCAGGAGUACUGAAAAAUGGGGUUGAACGUAAACAGAUAACCAAGUCAGAUACAGAAAAUUGUAAGAGGCAGAUUAUUACACCAGAUAAAGAAGAUGGUAAAGGGCAGAUAACUCAGAUAGAUAAAGAAGAUGGUAAAGAGAAAAAAGUCAGUGAAAGUAAAAGAGGAAAAGACAGGAAGAUAUGCAAGUAUUUCAAACAUGGUCAAAAAUGCUGGAGGGGUACCAAGUGCAAAUUGGCUCAUUCAAAAGAACAUGGGCAGCAAGCGAUGGAGAGAUUUGAAGUCGAUCAGCAGCAGUAACGAGCCUGGCUAGACUGCAUGAUGCUGAUGACAAAGACUAAUCACUUCAGGUUUUAGCAGCAGGAUAUACUUUAAUUAAAUGAGAACAAAUAUCAACAAGGCAAGGCAACGUUCACAACAAUGAUUUCCUCCAAGA